UUUCUUAUUCAGUAGAUAAUUGAAAUUGAUAACAUCUGUACUUCUUUUUUUCUCUUUCUAAUGGUUUAAUGUAAUGAAUACUCUGAAAUAAUUUUUCAGAGUCACCGAUACGGCGGCGAUGGCGCCGAAGAUGUUAAUCUCUAACCGACGGAAAGAAGUAGAAAAGCACGGAGGAGUCACCGAUCGGAUGAGUAGUUUACCGGACUCUGUACUGUGCCACAUCCUAUCGUUCCUCCCAACCAAAACAUCUGUAGCUACCAUGAGUCUUGUGUCUCGCAGGUGGCGUCACCUAUGGCAGCAUCUGCAGGUUUUUGACUUCGCCGACGACUCGGACAAUACAGUCGGAGGGUUAAAAAAGUUCAAAAAAUUUGCAUUAUUCGUGAAUGCUGUGCUCGCCUUCCGCAAAUCCCGCGACAUUCGAAACUUUCAACUCAGUUGCGACCUCCGUGCAUCCGAACGUAAGUUUCGUCGUGACUGCGCUGAUAUGUGGAUCUGUGCUGCCAUUAACCCCAAUCUCGAACAACUGUCUAUCUCAAUUUCUGACUUCUGUGUGGAAGAAACCAUGGCCCUCCUCCCUCAUUCGCUUUUGAAUUGCACCAACCUUGUUUCACUCAGUCUUGUAGGUGAUAUCAAAAUGAAUGUUGAACAUUUUGAGCUUCAUUUUCCAUCACUUAAGUGCCUCAAACUGGAUUCACAUAUUGUCGAUUCCGAAUUUCUCUUGCUCUCUGCCUGCCCCAUCCUUGAAACUUUGCAGCAUAAUUACUUUCAUCCCAGAACUUGGACCAAAGUUUCUGUGCCACCUUCCUCCGAGAGGUUGAAUUUCACCGAUGGGAGUUUCUCUUGGACUUUUCUUGAAGUAGAUUAUUUCGACAAAGUCACAUUUGGCAUCAUUGGCAACUUCCAGAGUAUGGUGGAAGCAUGCAUGGACUUCUUUCCCUCACAAAUAAGUGAAUUUGUCGACCCUAUUCUCAACCGCAUCCAAGAUUCCUUUAGUGGGAUAGAUAUACAGUUGCGUCAUUCAACAUCAAAGUGCUCACUUCCCUCUCGGACUCUAAGUUAUCCUGAAUUUCGCAAUUUGCAUCAUCUAAAGUUCAUUCUUCCCUGUUUCAACUCAAAUCUUCUAGUCAACGUGCUUGACAAGUGUCAUAAGAUUGAAGUUCUCAUUAUCCAGAGCAACAAGGAGGAACAAUCACCUUUAAGAACAUGGGACCCGGAAUCAACAACAGUUCCUAAGUGUCUCAAAUCCUGCCUAAGUUAUAUUCACAUAGAAGGAUAUCAAGGAUUUGAAGAUGAGUUGACAUUUGUUGAAUAUAUUUUGCGGAACGGGAUUGUUUUGGAGACAAUGCUUAUUUUUGUUGAUACUUCAAUGGAAUAGACAAAUAAGCAUUAUUCUCUCAAAAGAUUAACCGACAUACCAAGGAGCUCCACCAUGUGCCAACUUAAAUUUGACCCAACUGUAACUUCUUAAGGAAACUUCUAUUGGCUUUGAAUAACUUUUCCUGCUAUAUGUUUGGCACUGUAUUUUAAGUGCCAUGAUUUCGGAUGCUGGCAAAUUCAUGUUCGGUCAAAUGCUCGGGGCUUCCUUAAAAACAUGACAUUCAUAUGAUAUCAAAACAUAUAAAUAUGUAUUUUGCAAUUUCAGUUUGUUGGCUAAUAUCAAGACAUGGUAUGUCAAAAGGUCAUACUAAGUUUGUUGAAAAUCAUUGGAAAAUCUGACUUAUCACCUUUAAAUAUGGGUUUUUGAGUCGCUUGUUUAGAGUGACUAUUUAUUUGUUGCUUAUUUAUUUGUAUCUGUGUUUGAAGU